CUCACAAUCUCACCAACCUCUCUCUCCUUUCUCCUUUUUUUGUCAAAUCAUUUCUAACCUCUCCUAAGCCUUCUCCAAUCCAGCCUACAAUGGCUGUCGAUCAUCAUCUUCCCUAACCUCCACCCUCCUUUUUCCCUGUUAAUCAUCGCCAUAGCUAGACAGGAUGGCCCUUUGGAGCCCCCCUUCAUCUCUACCCCUCCUGGGCCUCCUGUCCAUUAUAAUUUUUCUCCGUCCCACCUCUGUCGUCACUUCUCCUUCUGGUAUACGCCAUGGAAUUAUCCGAAAACCCUCCUCCUAUGAGCCUGCAGUCGUCCUCUUCCGUGAAGCUCCCGCUUUCCGAAAUGGGGAUGCCUGCGGCUCGUCGGAUGCGGACAGGAUACAUGUGGUCAUGACCCUUGACGCCAACUAUCUCAGAGGCACCAUUGCAGCUCUCUUAUCCAUCCUGCAACACUCCACCUGCCCGGAAAACAUCGAUUUCCACUUCCUAUGGAGUCACUUUGAGUCGGAUAUCUUCUCCAGCAUCAACUCCACAUUUCCUUUCCUGAACUUCAAGGUGUAUCGGUUUGAUUCGAAUAGGGUUCGUGGGAAGAUAUCCAAGUCCAUCAGGCGAGCUCUGGACCAGCCUUUGAACUACGCAAGGAUAUAUCUCGGUGAUAUACUGCCGGCGGAUGUCCGGCGGGUUAUUUACCUUGAUUCAGACCUGGUAAUGGUGGACGACAUCGCCAAGCUGUGGGGGGUGGAGCUGGGUGACAAGGUGCUGGCUGCGCCGGAGUACUGCCAUGCUAAUUUCACUAACUACUUCACCUCUGCGUUCUGGUCUGACCGGGCUUUGGCCCGCACGUUUGAUGGCCGGAAGCCAUGUUACUUCAACACAGGGGUGAUGGUGGUGGACGUGGAGAAGUGGAGAGAAGGAGGGUAUACUAAGAAGGUGGAAGAAUGGAUGGCGGUGCAGAAGAAGAAGAGGAUAUAUCAGUUGGGUUCUUUGCCUCCUUUCUUGCUUGUUUUGGCUGGAAAUAUGCAGCCAGUCCAUCAUAGAUGGAACCAACAUGGGUUGGGAGGAGACAAUCUUGAAGGGAGAUGUAGGAGUCUUCAUCCAGGGCCAAUAAGCCUGCUACAUUGGAGUGGGAAAGGGAAGCCAUGGUUGAGGUUGGACUCGAGGAGGCCAUGCACCGUCGAUCAUCUGUGGGCGCCUUACGACCUCUACCGAUCAUCGACGAGCUCGCUAGAAGAAUGAGGUCAAUGGGGGAGCUUGGAUUGAUUGGCAUUGAAGGAUCAUAUGAUUAGGAGAGCAAGAAGGUGACAUUGAUAUAUAUGUGGGAUAACAAAAAUAUUCAAAAAAAAAAAAAUGUUGCCUAGAAGUUCCAUUUGAGGUGAAGUUGUGUAGAGGAAUAACAAAACUUUUGCUGAUCAGGUGGGGGAAGAUGGAGGGUGUUAGGGGGACUAUGAGGUAUAUAUGUAUGGAGGAAAAUUAUGGGUUUUGUUAUUAUCUUACCUACAUCACUCAAUGGUGUUCUUAUGUGUAGAUUAAUCAAAAAAUGAGUGCUGAUUCCAGACGAA